GAAGAUUGGGGGAAGACCAAAUUGGGUUCGGGUCGAGAUUGUUUGGUUCGUUGUGUUUCCCCUUUCUCUCUCUCUCUCUCUCUCCCUCUUUCCUCUUACGUAACCCUAACGAAGCGGAGGGAGCAAUGCUCUGCUAGAUCUAUCUUUCCUUCAAUUCUCCUCCAAAGAUCGUCCAAACUCGCCGUUGAAUUCGACGAAACUGCAGCAAUUCCUUACUUUACACACAAAAAAAGAGAGUGGAUAAUAAAAGGCCGCCAUGGAUUUAGAUCAAUGGAUAUCCAAGGUUAAAGACGGCCAACAUCUCUCCGAGGACGAGCUUCAGCUUCUCUGCGAAUACGUGAAAGAAAUUCUUAUUGAGGAAUCAAAUGUACAACCCGUCAACAGUCCAGUCACCGUCUGUGGUGAUAUCCAUGGCCAAUUUCAUGAUCUUAUGAAGCUUUUCCAGACCGGAGGUCAUGUUCCCGAGACGAAUUACAUAUUUAUGGGGGAUUUCGUUGAUAGAGGUUACAACAGUCUUGAAGUUUUCACUAUUCUUUUGCUUCUUAAAGCAAGACAUCCAGCCAAUAUCACACUUUUGCGUGGAAAUCAUGAAAGCAGACAGCUAACUCAGGUGUAUGGUUUCUAUGACGAAUGUCAAAGGAAGUAUGGUAAUGCUAAUGCAUGGAGAUAUUGCACAGAUGUUUUUGACUAUCUUACACUUUCAGCUAUUAUAGAUGGCACUGUUCUUUGUGUUCAUGGUGGCCUUUCACCCGAUGUACGGACAAUUGACCAGAUAAGAUUGAUUGAGCGGAAUUGCGAAAUACCGCAUGAAGGACCCUUCUGUGAUCUUAUGUGGAGUGAUCCUGAAGAUAUUGAGACAUGGGCUGUCAGUCCACGUGGAGCUGGUUGGCUUUUUGGGUCUAGGGUUACCACGGAGUUUAACCAUAUUAACAAUCUUGAUCUAGUAUGUCGUGCACACCAGCUUGUACAAGAAGGUCUCAAGUACAUGUUCCAAGAUAAAGGUCUUGUAACUGUGUGGUCUGCACCUAAUUACUGCUACCGCUGUGGGAAUGUGGCUUCUAUAUUGAGUUUCAAUGACAACAUGGAAAGGGAAGUGAAGUUCUUCACGGAGACAGAAGAGAACAAUCAAAUGAGAGGGCCAAGAACAGGUGUUCCUUAUUUCCUGUGAUUCAUGAUGAUGAUCCUAGAUCGUUAUUAGUCUCGUAUUGCUCUGAUCAAGUUAGCCAUUAUCAGCAUUGCCAUUGGCUUAUGUUCUUUUCAAGGUAUAUCAUCUGAUGUUGUCUACACUUCCAUUGUUUUUUUUAUUUUGCUUUUUCCAAUUUGGAAACAUUUUCUUGUGAAAGUGAAUGUCACUUUGGUAAUUUUAGUGGUUUUGAUGGACUUUAACCUGAACCUCUUCUGGAUGUUAUUACUAUACGUGUUUCUUUUUCGUUUUGUUCCAUCUUAGCUCUGUAUGUAAGACCAAGUUUUUUUAUUA